GGGGAUCGCCCAGCCCCCGCUGGCGGCGGCGCGGUCGGCGGCGCCCUGGGACACGGAGGCGCCGCGCCGGGUCCCGGCGAGGGCGCCGCUGCUGGGGGGCUUGGCGGUGGGGCUGGCGGUGGCGCGGGGGGAGGAGCAGAAGGAGGCGGCGAUGGCAGCGGCGGCGAGGACGGCAACCCCGGUGACGGCGGACCGUCCUUGCCGCAUGCUUGGGUUUCCAAGUUGACCGGUACCAUGAUAUUACACACGGUGCAGAAUGCGAUGAGGUUGGCCGCGUACCUGCUCGAGCUGCUGACGGGCGGCUACGGCACUGUCAGCAACUUGCACAUUGCGUGUUGGGAGGGCUCUGUGGAUGCGCUGGAGGCCAUCACCCGUGGCUCCACAGAGGUAGUGCAGGGGUGGCAUUCACGAAAAGGGGAUCUGACUCCACUACACAUAGGUGCCAUGUGCGGACACAGUGGUGUCAUGGAUUUUCUAUUGCAGAUGGGGGUGAACCCAAAUGUUGUGACAGUACACGCCAUCAGCGCUCUUCACAUAUCAGCAUCUUCGAGUACGGAGGUAUCAGAGGCGUUGGUGAGUGGUAAGGCUGAUGUGAAUGCCCUCACUGCCGACAAAGACGCCCCGCUGCAUUUCGCGUGCUGCUACCAGCAGAUUGCCACGAUGGAGCUGCUCCUGAAGGAGGGAUGCGACGCAUCCGCGGCCAACAACUUCGGGGUGACCGCGCUCAUCGCUGCCGCGUACACGGCCCUGGAGGGGAUGCCGAUCCGCGACGCGCGCGCCGUGCUCCUGCUGUGCAGCCAGCGGGCGGACCCCGGCCAGGCCGACCGGCACGGCCGGACGCCGCUGGACAUCGCGCGGAAAGCUGGGGGCGACCCGUCGCUGCUGGAGUUCCUGCAGGACGGCGGCAGCGGCGACGACGCGGUCGGGAAGAGGGCCGCCCUCGCCACCAAGAUCCUGGAGAGCCGCUUCAGCCCCCGGGAGUGGGCGGCGGAUCCAGAGCAGGCAUCCGCCCUCCCGGUCCACGCCAGAGACGGCCCGAGCCGAGGAGCGGCCGAGGCCGCCGGGCUGGCGGAGGACGCGGCCCGCAUGUCGGCGGAGAGGUCGAAGCUGGCGGAGGAGAACGCCUCGCUGGCGGCGGAGAUCGCCAGGCUGUCCAGGGAGCUGGAGGAGUCCAGGGCGAGCGCCAAGCACGCCGCGGAGCUCCUCGAACACAACAAGGGCAUGCUCGAGCGGAUGAAGUCGAUGGCCGCUACUUCGGCCACGGAGUCCCAGACUCAGAGCGACGAGGCCCUCCAGCGGCUAAAGUGCGACCUGGAGCAGGAGCGGGACGGGUUCCGGCAGCGCCAGCAGGCGCUGGGCGAGGAGCGGGAGCGGUGGCGGCAGGAGAAGGAGGCGCUGGAGCAGCAGCUGGAGCGAGCCGUGGCCGAGCGGCAUGAGGCGGAGAGGCGGGAGGCCGCGCGAGCCACGGGGGAGCUCCAGGCGAAGGUGGCCAAGAUACAGGAGGACGGCGCCGAGAGGGAGCAGGCCCGGGAGGAGGAGGCGCGUCGCGCUGCAGAGCGGGCGAGGAGGGCCGAGGAGGAGGCGCGGGCUGUGCUGGGCGAGAAGGACGCCGAGCUCAACAACAAGGUCGCCGCCCUCAGCCAGAAGGACGAGGAGCUGCGCAAGCGUCAGCAGGCCGAGGAGGAGGUGCGCAAGGCGCUGAACGAGAAGGAGUCCGAGCUGAGCAAGCAGCUUGAGGCUUUGCAGGCCCUGCAGCAGCAGAUGGACCAGCAGGCCGCCAAGCUCUCGGCCGAGGUCACGACCACAUCGGCAGAGCUCGAGAAGGCUCGUGCCGACAACAGGCGGCUAGACGGCGAUUUGCGGCAGAAGGCGGUCGAGAACGAGAAGGUGUGGAACCAGUUGUCGGAGCUCCGUUCGCAGCACACCCAGCUCCGAGAGGAGCACGUGAGCUCCCAGCUCGGGCACCAGCGCGCGGAGGCCGCCUGGCGGGAGAAGGAGGCCACUCUCGAGGGGAGGGUGGCGGAGCUCGAGAUGUACGCGAGGAAGCUGGAGCAGGACAUCGUCGACGCAAACGCCAGCCUGAAAGAGCUGGACGGCUGCCGCGAGCGCGCAGAGUUCGCCGACCGCAUGCUGCGCCCCCUCGAGCAGAAGAUCGAGGCGCUGCGGCAGUCCCAGAACCGGGAGCAAGCCUUGAGGAAGCGGUACCACAACCAGCUGCAGGACUUCAAGGGCGCGAUCCGGGUCUACGCCCGCAUCAGACCGCGCAUCAAGCGGGAGAUGGGCGACGCGGUGGUUUGCCGGAAGUUGGACACCGACUCACUGGAGCUGGAGGACCCGAAGCGGCUGAAGGAAUCCAGGCCAUAUUCGUUCGACUCCGUCUUUGACGAGCACAGCACGCAGGAAGACGUCUUCUCCGAGUGCAAGAGCCUCGUAUCCUCCGCCUUCGACGGCUUCAACGUCACAGUGUUCGCGUACGGGCAGACUGGCGCGGGCAAGACGCACACGAUGUACGGGAACGACGCCGACCCUGGACUCGUGCCCAGGUUAGCGGGGGAGCUCUUCAGCAUAAUCGAUAAGUAUUCUCACGAAUCUCAUUCUCGCGUGAAGUGUUCCAUGUUCGAGCUCUACCGCGACGAGUUGGUGGACCUCUACCGGACCAAGGCUGGAGCACGGGGGCUGGAGAUCAAGAAGGACACUCGUGGCUCCGUGUAUGUGGAGAACGCUUCAGACCGUGAGGUGGCCAACCCCCCGGAGUUGUUGAAAGCAAUCGAGGACGGCAUGGCCGACCGCCACGUGGCCGCCACGAGCAUGAAUUCCGCUUCCUCCAGGUCGCACUUGAUAUUCAUCAUCGUGGUCGAGACAACUAACAAGGCUACCAAGCAGGUGUCGACUGGAAAGCUUACCCUGUGUGACCUUGCCGGGUCAGAGCGGGUCAAGAAGAGCGAGGCGUCUGGGGAAGUGUUGAAGGAAGCGCAGUCCAUCAACAAAUCGCUCUCCGCACUCGGGGACGUGAUAGAGGCGCUCACCAAACAUUCAAAACACGUGCCGUACAGAAACCACAAGCUGACGCAGCUCCUAAGCGAUUCGCUGGGCGGCAACGCCAAGACACUGAUGUUCGUGAACUGCUCUCCGGUCGGCAGCAACGCCGACGAGACGGCUGCCGCACUUGGGUACGCCACCCGUGCCAAAAUGAUCACCAACAAAGUGGAGAAGAAUCAGGACAGCCAGGAGGUGGCGAGACUAAAGAAGGUGAUCCAGGUGAUGGGCAGCGAGCUCGACCAGGCACGCGAGAGCGGCGGCGUCGAGAUGCCCCCCUUGCCGGCGUAGUGCUGCGAUCCUCGCAGUCCCGGCAAGUGGCCGACCAAUUCGCUCUGAUGCAGCGCGGAGGCUCGACCUGCGCUCCUGCCGGGGAGUCCCCCGGCGGCGGGAGGCGUGCCCAGGACAUCUGGCGGCUCGAUGUGGUCGCUGAGUGGGACGCAGGACCUCCCGACCCCUUCCCCAGAGGGGUCUGGAGGUCUUCUAGUCUUCUAGGAGGGGCGGGGGAAUCCAGAUGCCAGAGUGCUUGCGCAGAGAUCCGUCCAGACGUUUCACUCGUGCCCUCCUCUGCUGGGGCGCGGUGCCUCUGCAUGCCCUCGGGGGCUUCCUGCGCGAGAGGGACCUCGCUCCUUCAGGGGGCCAGGCGUGGCUCCCUCCCGCCCUCGCUGCGCCAUCAUCCCUCCACCCCCACCCACUCCUGCUCCUCCACCUCCCCGGUCUGGCGUGAGACCCCCAGUCAGCGGCGUCCACGCCGGCCUCGGGAACGCCGUCUCCGCCCAGGGUGCCCAGACCACUUGUCGAUCAGGCCACCCGCGUUUCACCUCGCCAUUCCAUCUGAGCUCGGGUCGGACGAAAGCGGCGGGAGGCUAGGAGCAGGGAGGGGAUACGAAAUCUGCUGUGUCCAGCCGGUGUCGGCCCCGCCGCCAGGCGCCUUUCCUC